UAUAGAAUUAAAAAAAUAAAGCCUUCCGGCGGCUUAAACCCUAGUUCCCAUUCUCAUCGUCGCUUCAACUCCGCCGCCGCCGAUGGAGUUCUGGGGUCUCGAGGUUAAGCCUGGAAGCACUGUUAAAUGUGAGCCUGGACAUGGCUUUAUCUUGCACCUUUCCCAGGCUGCUCUUGGGGAAUCAAAGAAAAGUGACAGUGUCUUGAUGUAUGUCAAAGUUGAUGAUGAGAAGCUUGCCAUUGGCACCCUCUCUAUUGACAAGAACCCUCAGAUACAGUGUGAUUUGGUUUUCGAUAAAGAGUUCGAGCUGUCGCACACAUCAAAAACUACCAGUGUCUUUCUCACAGGUUACAAGGUUGAGCAGCCAACCGAGGAAGAUGAAAUGGAUCUUGAUUCUGAAGAUGAGGAGGAGGAGGAGCUGAACGUUCCUGUUAUCAAGGAAAACGGAAAAGCUGAAGGGAAGGAGAAGCAGAAAAGUCAAGAGAAGGCAGUUUCUGCAGCUUCAAAAUCAAGUCUUGCUUCUAGGCUUGUUGGAAAGAAAAGCAAGGAUGAGGAUGAUUCUGAUGAGGAUGAGACUGAUGAUUCGGAUGUGGAUGAGACGGAUGAUUCUGAUGAGGGUGAGGGAUUAUCUCCUGAAGAAGGCGACGAUGAUGAUUCAAGUGAUGAGGAUGAUACCAGUGAGGGUGAGGAGGAAACGCCAACACCUAAGAAGCCAGAGGCAGGCAAGAAGAGAGCUGCUGAAAAUGCUCUGAAAACUCUGCUUUCUGAUAAGAAAGUAAAGGUUGCCACACCGUCAGCCCAGAAGACAGGUGGCAAGAAGGGCGCCACCCAUGUGGCAACUCCAUACCCAGCCAAGCGGGCGGGCAAGACCCCUGCAAACAAUGACAAGUCAAAGGAGAGGUCUCCAAGAUCUGGUCGGUCGGUCCCUUGCAAAUCGUGCAGCAAGACGUUCAACAGUGAGAUGGCUCUGCAGGCUCACUCAAAGGCGAAGCAUCGGGCCAAGUGAGUCACAGGUCCAAUCGAGCCCUCAAAGACGACGUCAAACUUAUUUUGUUUAGAGAUUAGAGACUAGUUGCUAUUUGACUGACUCAGCAAAACAAGGCUGGUGUGUGAAGUUUAAUAUUUUGGGCUGUCCAGCUGGUAGUGUUCAAUGUGCAUUCGAUUGUUGUGCUGCGA